AUGGAAGAAUUGUUGGACCCAAACUACGGGCCUGGCCAUCGGGCCUUUGUGCAGAGCCUGCUAGCACGCGGCACCAUGAGCUACGACGAAGCUCGACCGGUGAUCGCGGCCAUAUGGACUGCCCUCGAGGCCGGCGCCUGCGGUGCGGGUGCAGACGACUCGCGCGAGUACGCGGCCGCCGACGUGACGGAGCAGUACUUCCUAGACUACAUCGACAUCGCGCGGCAGGCCGUGUCGCUGUUCGACUACGACAUCCGGACGACGCUGCACCAGCGGACCAAGAAGCGGGUGUACGUGCUGGUCAACACGACGUCGGACCCGCAGACGCAGCUGGCCACGACGUACAGCCCGGGCGAGCUAUCCUUCAUCAAGCGUCUGCUCGACGCCAUGUUCGAGACGUACAACACGCCGCGGAUGGAGGUCAUGGCCCUGACGCAGAUGCAGGCCAUGAAGCUGUCCCGACCGGCACCGUCGAGUUCCCGGCGGCAGAGCGCACAGCAGAACCCCCAAGACGACGACGUCGAGGGAGGUGGAGGAGCAGCGGCGGUAGACCGCGGUCUCAAGCAUGGCGAGGUGGAAGACGUGCUGGCCAGCCUGGUAGACGGCGGGUGGCUGGAGCGCAGCCGCGAGAAGUUCUACAGCCUCACCCCGCGCGGCCUGUUGGAGCUCCGUCCCUGGCUCGUCGAGACGUACAACGAUCCGGACGCCGAGGCAGACGAGUGGCAGCGCGUCAAGUUCUGCGUCGCCUGCAAAGAUAUCCUGACGUACGGCCUGCGGUGCGCAGACCCUUCGUGCGUCUUUCGCCUGCACGAUACCUGCCAAGACGCCUUCUGGCGCGUGCACCCUGGUGGCAGGUGCCCGCGGUGCAAGAAGGAUUGGGCCGGCACCAGCUAUGUCGGCGAGCGGGCGGUUACCCAGACAGAAGCGUUUCAGAGGGGACGGAGGCGCCCGAGGCCCGCGGCGGCAGCAUCACCGAGGAUAUCACAUAAUGGUGACGACGACGAUGACGAUGACGACGACGAUGACGAAGAUGAGGAAGGAGACGCGGUGCCAAAGACUGAAGAUGAGGAUUAA